AUGACGUGGUCUGUUAAUACGGUGGAAACGUUGAAAGCUAUGUGGCAACUGCCGGUUCCCUUAAAAUUCAAGAUAUUCGCGUGGAGAUUAUUGAUUUCUAGAUUACCCUCUAAAGACUUGUUGCUUAGAAGAGGAGUAGCCAUGAAUGCUACUAACGAUUGUUGUGAGUUUUGUAGGAUUCAACCGGAGAAUUUGAAUCAUUUAUUCUUUGCUUGUAAUGUCUCAAAGUUGAUGUGGCGUCAGAUUUUUGUGUGGAUGGGGGACAAUCUUCCUUUAUCUAUUGAUGAUUUCUUGGUUUUUGGCAACAUUCAAGAGAAGGAUUCCUUUUAUCAUAACACCAUUGGAACUAAAAUCCCAAUACUUCCGGAAGGUGAUGGGUUUGAUCAUCAUAAAUUGGUAGUUGCAGAAAUUUCCCACAUCAUACGCACUCAUUUGAGUGAGGGAAAACCAUCGUGGAAGAAAUUAUCAACUAACCAAAGAGAUUCUUUCUUUGACUUAUUUCAGAGAAAGGAAAAGGGUGCAAAUCCAUCAUUGACCGAGUUCUAUUUUCGCACACAUCGGGAAAAUGAUCAAAGUUGGGUUGGAGUUCAUGCUGAAUCUGCAUAUGAUAAAUAUGAACAGAAAAAGUUGGAGAUUUCUUCUCAGAAUCCAACUAUUCCAGGAGAGGACGAAGCUGAUAGUCAACCAACUAUUGAAAUGCCACCUGAUUUGGAUAUAUGGGUAGAGUCGGUUGGAAAGAAGAAAGGGAGUAGGGUAUUUGGUCUUGGAACCGCUUCUAAGACUUUGGUUCCUGUAUCAAAGAAACCCUCAAGUCUUUCAAGUGACUCUCAAGAGGUUGAUGUUUUGAGAAGUCAAGUCCAUCCUUUAAAUGCAUCGUUGCAAAGACAAGAACAAGAGAAGAUGGUGAUGAGGCAACAAUUGCAUCGACAAGAAGAAAAGAUGGCCGAAGCGAAUAAUAAAAUUUCAUUUUUAAUGAAUCAUUUAGGAUUUGUUGUAUUAUCUUUUUAACUUGGUUGACAAAUGAUUAGUAGUAACUUGAUUUUUUGAAUCAUUUUUAGUAAUGACUAUGUAAGUACUUCUUACCAAUUAUGUUCUAUGAAUUCAAGUUUAAUUUAAAUUGAAAAUUAUGAUUUUAUUUUAUAUUAUAGUUAUUUAAAUAUAUAUAAUGGUUCAAA